AUGAAUUUCGCCAUUUUAUUGUUUGUUUUGCUGUCCAGCAGCUUGAUUUUGGCCCAGGAUGAUGGUAACGCCAUCACAGAAAAACCUGAUGAAACACGAUCAUGUCAACCUGACAUGUGUGAUCUCCUGAUGGCAUUUGGUGCCAUGAAAGAAAAGAUUGCAGUUAUGGAAACCAGGCUGGAGGACAGCGAAACCAGGCUGAAGAACAGUGAAACCAGGCUGAAAGACAGUGAAACCAGGCUGAGGGACAGUGAAAGCCAGCUUCUGGAACUGAGAAACAAAGAAAGAACCAAGGUGAUAUUCAGUGCAGCAACAGGAGGAGGAAAUUACAUUGGACCGUUUAACACAGACAAAACUUUAAUCUACAGAAGAGUGAUAACAAACAUCGGUGAUGCCUACAGUCCACACACAGGUAUUUUUGUUGCACCUGUUGCAGGUGUCUAUUACUUUACUAUCUUCCAUCAUGCUGGACCACACCAUGGAACAAUGCUGUUUCUCUACAAGAAUAACCAGCGCAUGGUCAUGACACAGAAUCAUCCAGCAGUCCAUGAAACGGCUCAUAAUGGAGGAAACGCAGCGUUUCUGCAGCUGCAGGAAGGGGACCAAGUGUAUGUGCGCAUGAUUGCAGAUACAUAUGUUUGGGGAUCUGACUACCACACAACUUUCAGUGGUUUUUUGGUCAGUCAAAUGUGAGAAUGGAUUUAUUACCACUGGACUUCAAAGUGAGCUGUUGUGUUUCUCCUAAAUUCAAAGAAAUGAAUGACAAUGAGUCCUCGCUGUUAAGUUUACUGCUUUAUUUUAUAAUUGUGAUGGUGAAAAUUGACUUUAAUCUGAUAUCACUGCACUCAUCUCAUUGUCUGUUGAAAUUUAACCAAAGUUUGAGAGGACAUUUAAAUAAUAUUUAAAGUGUAAACAAAGCCCAUAUAGACAUAAAGAAUUAAUACAAUGAUUGUUAAAAUCUCGACAAUCCAACAGACAAAAAUGCAAUGAAAUCUGCAGUUGAGUCACUGCACAAUAAAACAGCAACGUUUGUAAUGCCAAACUUGCUGACCUGAUAAGUAGCCACAUGCAGAAAUCAAACAAGCAAUUAUUGAUUAGUUAGAGUGAGAAGCGUAUUAAUGUAAAUUAAAUGUGUGUAUUUCGUGCGAUUGUUUAAUAAAUACAACUGCUUGCAAUGAUUAUUUGGGUCAUCUCUGCACUGUUUAUGUUCCAGUGUAAAAUAAGUAGCACAUACAGAGGAAAUGUUGAGUUAAAAGGCUCUUUUUUGAGCCAGAAAGUGAAAACAUAGUAGUGCUUUAUAAUUUGGAUUCAUUUGAAUUCAAACGA